UCGGAACUAUGGAUGCUUUCAAUCAGACAGAUAUCUGCAGUGGUCAGGCCGAUUUAGAUAUUCGCAAUGCAGCGGACGAAAUAAGCUUGUUCCGUUCGCCGUUGGAAAGUUGGUGCCUGAUUGUCGGCCAGCCUAUUGUUUUCGUCAUCGGAGCGUUGGGCAACCUGUCAUUUCUCUUCACUCUUAACAGGAUCCCGCAGAUGCGCACCACCACCAACCUCCAUUUGGCCAACCUGGCCGUGUCAGACUUCAUCUACGUCUCGGUGAUCUCGUUGUACGGCGUGCGGGUCUACCUGUCCACACCGGUAUCUGGCACCAUCCUGGCCAGCUCCUGGGUGGAAUGCGCCGCCUUCAUCUUGUUGGUAGAUAUACCAUAUUUCGUGUCCAACACCAUCGUGACGCUCGUGGCGUUCGAAAGGUACUACGCCAUUUGCCACCCUCUGAAGCAGAAUGCUAGCUCCCCUCGAUGCCACUUGGCCUUGCUCGUCGGAGGCUGGGUUCUAUCGAUCGGUUUCGCCUUUUCCGUGUGUCUGCGAUACUCGAAGCUCAUCGUGUUAUGCGUCCUUUGGCCAGAGACUGAAGAGUUCACUCCCCUGUCCCGCAUCGUCACAUUUUGCUCUUCUGGUGAGCCAUGGGCAAACCUGUAUUCCCAAGGCUUGUACUCAGCCAUAUGGAUGGGCGGUUUGCUCACAAAUAGCAUUCUCUACUUCAAGAUAAUUCGUCGUCUCGGCCGGCGAGGGGUCGGUCAGUCGCUUAGUCGAACCGUUUCUGUCCGUCGAUCUGUGGCCCGCAUGCUCAUCAUCAACAGCAUCGUGUUCUUUGUCUGCCAAGCGCCGUACAGCAUCAUUUUCAGCUCGCUCAACCUGAUUAAGGCCGCCUGGGGCACCGUGGUCUUCGAUCCACGUCAAGUCACCGAACUCUGGCCGCUGGCCACUCUGAUGGGUGUCCUCAACGGUGCUGUCAACCCCAUCAUAUACGGAGCCGCCAACUCCCGCUACAGGAAGGCUUUCCUACAAGCCUUUGGAUGCGCCACUGCACCCAAGAAGCGCCCGGUGAAGAAGACUACCUCCACCAUAUCGUCCAACUUACAAAUUGGCAUUCCAGGAAACCUCGCUUUUUUGUUUACUCUCUUCAGAGUGCGUUGCAUGCGGACCACGACUAACUUUUACCUCGCGAAUUUGGCCGUGGCUGAUCUCCUGUACAUCGCCAUAUUCUCAGUGUACAACACCGAGACGUUCUUGCAGUCGCCGAUAGCCUACACCUCAUUUGCCAGCUCUUGGCAAGUGUGCCUAGUGAUCGCCCUGACCCUAGACGUUCCUUACUUUGCCUCUAAUUCCAUGAUCACCCUUGUGGCGUUUGAAAGAUUCUACGCCAUAUGCCACCCCCUCAAGAACCUGAUAUCAAGGAGUCGGAAGCGGACCGCGUCUGUAGUUGCAAUCUCAUGGACCGCGUCCAUUUUCCUUGCCGCUACCAUCUCAUCACGCCUGUCCACGCAUCGUGUGGCUUGCGUUCUCUGGCCAAGCGGCGAUGAGUUCUCAUCUCUGCCGGACACGGUCAACUUCUGCCUUGCCGGGAGACCGUGGGUCAAAAUCCUCACCCAGUCUUUGUACUUUGGGUUCUGGCUCCUCGGACUGCUUACCAACACCGUGAUGUACUACAAGAUCAUUCGUCGUCUGAGCCACCGCCCCAUUCCUACAGCCUCUGUUCCGCAGACACGCCACCAUCUCAACGCAAAGGUCGUACGAAACCAGGUGGCGCGAUUGCUUAUCGUCAAUAGCGUCGUGUACUUCGUGUUGCAGUCCCCACGCGUUGUGGUGUUCAACCUGAUUGGAUUGAUUCAGGCUGCCAGCGGGGUGACCGUUCUGCAGCCGGGGAAGAUCACCGAUCUUUGGCCCAUCGCCUUAUUCCUGACUCUGCUCAACUCUUCAGUAAAUCCCAUCAUAUACAAUGCCACAAGUCAGCAGUACAGACAAGCUUUUCUACAAGCCUUUGCUUGCCGGAAAGAGGCAAAAGAAAACGCACCCACAGGGGCCAUUGGAAAGACAGAGGCUUCGUCUCGUAGUGUCUCAACCACCAGACUAUCUGAAAAUCUGAAAUAGACUCUCAACCGUAGAGCAAGUAAAUCUGGCUUGACUCUUAUGGUAAGGCGAAACAUUGCCUUCUUUAACCCUAACAGUCCCAAAUCCUCCAAUUUCAAUACGAUUU